UUACAAUUGAUUGAAUUGGAGUAACCGGGUCGGAUCCCACCCGGUUUAAACAUAUAAAAAACGCUAUCGCCUUCCUUAUCUUGUUGACUCUCUCUCUCUCAAAAACAAAACACCCACCAACUCCGACCACGAGAGCAAAAGAUGUCGGCGACGCUUACAGGAUCAGGAACAGCUCUGGGCUUCUCAUGCUCCUCGAAGAUCUCUAAAAGAGUCUCUUCUUCCCCACUCAACCGAUCCUCCAUCAAAAUGUCAGUCUCUGUCGACGAGAAGAAGAAAAGCUUCACUCUUCAGAAAUCCGAGGAAGCUUUCAACGCCGCCAAGAAUCUGAUGCCUGGAGGUGUGAACUCCCCUGUCCGAGCCUUCAAGUCCGUAGGUGGACAACCUGUUCUGAUUGAUUCCGUUAAAGGCUCAAAGAUGUGGGACAUUGAUGGUAAUGAGUACAUUGACUAUGUCGGAUCUUGGGGACCAGCUAUAAUCGGCCAUGCUGAUGAUGAGGUUCUUGCGGCUUUAGCUGAGACGAUGAAGAAAGGAACAAGCUUUGGCGCUCCUUGUCUCUUAGAGAACGUUCUAGCCGAGAUGGUUAUAUCAGCUGUUCCCAGCAUUGAGAUGGUUCGGUUCGUUAACUCCGGAACCGAAGCUUGUAUGGGUGUGCUUCGUCUCGCCAGAGCCUUUACCAACAAAGAGAAGUUCAUCAAGUUUGAAGGGUGUUAUCACGGUCACGCCAACGCCUUCCUCGUUAAAGCUGGUAGUGGUGUAGCCACUUUAGGACUACCUGACUCGCCUGGUGUACCUAAAGCGGCUACUUCGGAUACUCUUACAGCUCCUUACAAUGAUAUUGAAGCUGUUGCGAAGCUCUUUGAGGCGCAUAAAGGCGAGAUCUCUGCGGUUAUACUCGAGCCUGUUGUUGGUAACUCUGGUUUCAUCACUCCUACGCCUGAGUUCAUCAAUGGUUUGCGUCAGCUGAGUAGAGAUAAUGGUGCACUUCUCAUCUUUGAUGAGGUUAUGACUGGCUUUCGUUUAGCUUAUGGUGGAGCUCAAGAGUACUUUGGAAUCACUCCUGACUUGACUACUCUUGGGAAAAUCAUCGGUGGCGGUCUUCCUGUGGGAGCUUAUGGUGGAAGAGGAGAUAUUAUGGAGAUGGUUGCACCUGCAGGACCAAUGUACCAAGCCGGGACACUAAGUGGUAACCCACUGGCAAUGACCGCAGGUAUUCAUACACUAAAGCGGCUGAAGCAGCCAGGAACAUACGAGUACUUAGACAAGAUCACCAAGGAACUAACCAACGGCAUCUUAGAAGCCGGGAAGAAAACCGGACAUGCAAUGUGCGGCGGUUACAUAAGCGGUAUGUUCGGUUUCUUUUUCACAGAAGGACCGGUCUACAACUUCGCAGAUGCCAAGAAGAGCGACACAGAGAAGUUUGGUAGGUUCUUCAGGGGAAUGUUGGAAGAAGGUGUUUACUUUGCACCGUCUCAGUUUGAAGCUGGGUUUACUAGCUUGGCUCACACUACAGAGGAUAUACAGUUCACUAUUGCGGCGGCUGAGAGGGUUCUUGGUAGGAUCUAGAAUGUUCUAAAACCCAAGCUGGAGUGUUGUUGAUGAGAACGUAUGUUGUGUAGUGAGUUUUUUUUUUUUUAAUAAUCUGUAGCUUGAGAUUUUUGUAUGAUGAAAACCAUCCAUUUUGUUAAUGUAAUGGUUUAAAAUUAAACCAAUUAUAGCCCUGUCGGACCUGUCUUGUUAUUUGUAUUUUUAAAUAUUUUUUUUAAAAAUUGCUAUUUUUGGAAAGUUUUCAAUUUUUU